GCGGCGGAUGUUUACGGCGGCCGAGGUCGGAGCGGCGUCCGGGCCGCGGACGCCAGGGACGCGCCCGAGCAGCUGCCGUCGCGGCCCAGACCCGCGGGCCGCCGAGCGCGGAGUCUUGCCUGAGUGUAAUUCUGAACAUGGGCGGUGCGGUGAGUGCUGGAGAGGACAACGAUGAGCUGAUUGAUAAUCUGAAGGAAGCCCAGUAUAUCCGSACGGAACUGGUAGAGCAGGCUUUCCGAGCUAUCGAUCGUGCAGAUUAUUAUCUUGAAGAGUUUAAAGAAAAUGCCUACAAGGACUUGGCAUGGAAGCAUGGAAACAUUCACCUCUCCGCCCCAUGUAUCUACUCAGAGGUGAUGGAGGCCCUGGAUCUGCAGCCUGGCUUUCUGAACCUGGGCAGUGGCACUGGCUACCUCAGCUCCAUGGUGGGCCUUAUUCUAGGUCCUUUUGGUGUGAACCAUGGGGUGGAGCUACAUUCAGAUGUUAUAGAGUAUGCAAAGCAGAAACUGGACUUCUUCAUCAGAACAAGUGAUAGCUUCGACAAGUUUGACUUCUGCGAGCCCUCCUUUGUUACUGGCAAUUGCCUGGAGAUUUCCCCAGAUUGUUCUCAGUAUGAUCGGGUGUACUGUGGGGCAGGUGUGCAGAAAGAACAUGAAGAGUACAUGAAGAGUCUUCUCAAGGUUGGAGGAAUUCUGGUCAUGCCCCUGGAGGAGAAGUUGACCAAGAUAACGCGCAUAGGCCCUUCUGCUUGGGAAACCAAAAAGAUUCUGGCUGUUUCCUUCGCUCCUCUGGUCCAGCCCUGCCACUCGGAGUCAGGAAAGUCCAGACUUGUCCAGCUACCACCAUUGGCUGUCCGCAGCCUCCAGGACUUGGCCCGCAUUGCCAUCAGGGGCACCAUCAAGAAGGUCAUUCAUCAGGAAGCAGCGAGCAGAACAUUAGGUAAUGAAUACCUGCCACUUAGGCAGUACUUUAAGGCAGCUGGUACACAGUGGGUAGUGGUGGUGGGUGGCCCAGGGACUACUGACCCUGGAUUCAUGGAAGCUGCUGGUGCCUAG